ACAACUUCUGUCGUUAGUUUUAUGUGUUUCUGUUAAUUUAACAGUACAUGACAUUCCUUUUGUUAGUUUGUGAAUGAGGAUUGGAAUCAGAUGCUGUCAACAUUGAAUACAAAAUUACAUUGAAAUAAUGAUACCAGACCACGUUAGAAAUCGACGUAGUGGGUCAAACCAGAGUCGUCCAAUGAGAAAUGUCCGUGUCGUAGUAUCAGAUGCUGCAGCAACCAUACGUAGAUUGUCGUGGCGGACAAAAUGUUUCCUACUAUCGACCUUAUGUUUGUCAUUGUAUAUCUAUGGAAGUCUGAUCAUGUCCCUUACUCAGAAUCAUUUAGCAGAUGACAAAUUUCUCCAAACAGAUAAAUGCCCAGCCUGUUAUGGACAUAGUCUUUGUUGGGCGUUUAAAGACAGCCAGAUUAAACUAAAGGGCUGGUCACAGGUUCGACUUCUUGACUUUGUAAAUAUAAAAAAUGUUCAUUUUGCGGAACAUUCACACCUUGGUCAUACUGUUGUUCUCAAAAAGUUGGCUCAUGACAAAGAGCUUGAUGACAUUGAUGAAAAAUUAUGUAAAGAUGCUGUACGUCCAGUUGGUUGUGAUGUCGCCCGAGUCUUAAUGCGUACUAAUACUGGAGAUGAGAUUCGGCGUUUGGGACUUUUGCCGAAACAUCUGAAAGGAACAGCAUCCAUGUUUUCUUGUCCCACCUAUACCUUGAUUGACAAAGUCAUGGAAAAUUACAAGGAGAAGCUGAAACCUGACAACCCAGAAGUGAUGACAAGGGAUAAGUUACAACUGUAUGUAACAGCCAUCACUAACCCCGAGCCUUUGAUGCUUCAGACAUUCCCUUCCUCAGAAGGUUGGCCGUUUCCAGAAUAUUUUGGGGCGUGUGGAAGAUUCAUUGCCGUCAGUUAUGAAGGAGAGCCAUUGUAUAAUUACUACAAUGCUCCAUGGCAAAAAAGGGCAGAUCUUGCGUACCAGAUUAUGAAGAUAGCUGACAGAUUGACCAACAGUGGAAAAGAUUUCGCAUUAUACAUGACUGACCUUAACUACGAGAAUCUGGUUGUGGAUGGUGCAGGGAAAGUCACUCUCAUUGAUCUUGAGAAUAUCAUCGUGGUUGACAGAACUGCAAUACAAAGAUUGAAGAAGCCUUUAUGGAAUGAUCUACAUGAGAACAGAUUUGACGAAUGUGAUGGGAAAAAUUGUCUGACUUUCUCAACAGAAGACUUGUGUUCUAGAAUGGAUUCUGAUCUUAAUUAUUAUGCAGUGUGCAGAAACCUUUUAUCAAAAUAUGCAAAUGAUGCAGACCUUGGCAUGCCUCAUGGACUGCUUCAUGACAUGCCAAACUUUGCAGUAGAUGAUUGGGACCUUGAACAUCUACUUAAUGAAUGUGUACAUCCAACAGUGGCUGAAGGUCGUAUCAAGGCCAAGGAGAGGAUUCUUCAUGCCUUGGAGAAUUUACGUAAUGUAGAGGACAGUAGAGACGCAGCACAUCGUAUCUCCUAGUGCAGAUGUAAAUGAAUGAUCUAGUAUUGAUUGGUAUCUGAAAAAGUUUGUGCC